UCACAAUGGCGCAUCCUGCGAAAAGGUCGAGGUAUGAUGUCCUCGCAGCAGCAACCGCCCAGUUUUACAACACUACUGGUACAGUGCCAGCUAGCCUUCAGUUAGCGACAGAUAUUUCUUACUUGGUAACCAACCAGCCAAGCUGCACCAUUGUUGUUGCGGAUAUUCCGGAGGGUUGUACAGAGAGAGAUUUAAUUGGACUCUUUAGCAGAUUUGGCCAAAUCAAAAAUGCAAAGUUGGUCUGCAGUGGUCGAGCAGCUCUUGUUGAAUUUUGUGAGAUCUCACCUCCUACUCGACUUGUCCACAUGGCGAAGAUUAAUCCUUUUUGCGUCGGUCCAAACCGUGUUAGACUGGAAUUCUCAUCCGAAGUUAUAACUCCUGUUGACCGUAAACAUCCACAUCAGUCACAGUCUUCAACCAUAGACAAUAGUAGUCCUACUCGUAUUCUACACUUGGAUAUCGCAAAUGCUGAGUACCCCAUAACAGUUGAUGUAAUCAAGGCAAUUUGUUCUCCUCAUGGAAACAUACUACGUACUUUUAUUGGGAAAAAGAACCUUGAUCGUUCACUGGAAGCUUUAGUUGAAUUUGAGAAUGUGGAAGAAGCCCGAGCUGCAAAAGAGCAACUCGAUGGUGCUGACAUAUAUUCUGGCUGUUGUAACCUAACAGUUGGAUAUUCGAGAUUACAGCGUGUUCAUGUAACACAAAACGAUAGCGAGUCUUGGGACUUUACGGGUCCAAGCGGAAAUGUUGAAGGACCUCUCAAUAAUUCUUCGACUCAGCGUACGUUACUUGGCCCAGCGGCCCCAGUUGGUGGAUUAACUCCAGCUCCAUCAAUAUUACCACCACCUGUGCCUGCUGCUCCACUCCCAGUAUAUCCUGCCCAGCCAUAUCAACAACCCCAGCCACCUAUGGGUUAUUAUGGGAUGGGUCCAUACACUUCUCCGGUGUGUGCUGUUCCACCUGGCGCGCAGUUCGCGGCCCCAGCAUAUCCUGGAUACUGGCCAGCAACUAUGAUCCCACCUGCUGGUGUCCAACCUAUGCGACCACUUGACACUGGCUUCACUACUCCAUCAAGAAUUGUCAUACUUCCUACUCCACCACCUGUGCAUCAGGUAAACACUAAUGGGGUUGGGAUAGGCCAUUCAACGUCGAAUCUAUCUAUUUCAACUCCAGCAACUCGUCAAUCAGAUCUUUCAGUUUUUGAAGCUAUUGAGGGUGUAGUGUUAAUGGUUAGCAACAUACCGCAGCGUAUGAAUUGUGAUCACUUAUUUAACCUCUUUUGCCUGUAUGGCAAUGUAGCACGGAUCAAGUUCUUAAAGACCCGUCCUGGUGUCGCCCUAGUUCAGGUCGGGAAUCCAGAAGCAGCAGAUCUUAUACAUCGAUACUUUAACGGAGUGUGCGUUUUUGGGAAGAAUUUGCAACUUCAUCACAGUAAGAUCACAGAGCUAAAAGAGCACGAGAAUCUGGGGACCCUAUCGGACGGAUCACCGGUUAUGAAGAAUUAUAUGAUGGAUCCAAACAAUCGAUUUAGAAAUUCAAUGGUGGCAGCAAAAAGUCGGAUUUUGGAACCUUCUCGUACACUUCAUUUCUUCAAUGCUCCACUUAACUCUACACCAGAAGAUAUUUGUAGAAUAUUCACGGAUAGUGGUGCAAUGGCACCACCACGUGUAGUGAUAUUCACGACUAAAGAAGGCCAAAAGACUUCUCUUGGAUUAGUCGAAUGGGAUACCUUAACCGAAGCACUAGAGGCCUUAAUUCUAGCCAACCAUCGACCAAUUCAUUUAUCUGGAUUUACUCAUCCUUUUCAUUUGAAAAUUGCCUUCAGUCCAAAGCCUAUAUCAGAGGAUAGAGCUGGUAUCUCAUUGAUACGUUAUCCUGCACCACCGCUGACGUCUACUCAAUAUCAUAA